ACAGGCUGACUGCCAUUUUACACUGGAGCUGCUACAUGUCCAAAGUGAUACCACACAACUUACUCAUCUUUACACAAGUCAACGUGUUUGUUUUAAGCAGACGUGCAGUGUGGACAGCGGCACACUGUGGCCACGCAUCCACUGCGACCUCUUGUUUUCACCACACCAGCCAAUUUAACAGUGGCGUGAAAUAACCACGGUAGUAGCACAAGGCCCUGGAUGGAUAGUCUGGACCCUGAAACCCUCUAUGUGUCCCCAGAGCAGGCUGGACAACUCCCCCUUCCAACCUUGGAAGUCUCCGACGUGGCACUGGUGGGCGGAAAGAAGAUGAAUGGGUCUCUGGACCACCCUGACCAACCAGAUGUUGAUGCGAUUAAGAUGUUUGUGGGACAGAUUCCAAGGUCCUGGUCCGAGGAGCAGCUUCGUGAGCUGUUUGAGCCUUAUGGAGCUGUCUAUGAGAUCAAUGUUCUUCGAGACCGUAGCCAGAACCCGCCACAGAGCAAAGGCUGCUGUUUUAUAACGUACUAUAGCCGCAAAUCAGCCUUGGAAGCACAGAAUGCGCUGCACAACAUGAAGAUUCUCCCAGGGAUGCACCACCCAAUCCAAAUGAAGCCUGCUGACAGUGAGAAAAACAACGCGGUGGAAGACAGGAAGCUGUUUAUUGGAAUGAUCUCUAAGAAGUGUAAUGAGAACGACAUCCGACUGAUGUUCUCACCAUACGGACAGAUAGAGGAGUGCCGAAUACUGCGAGGCCCUGAUGGACUCAGUCGCGGUUGUGCGUUUGUGACAUUCACAGCAAGACAAAUGGCACAGUCAGCCAUCAAAUCCAUGCACCAGUCUCAGACCAUGGAGGUAAACUUCAACCUCACACUUUGUGGCUGCUCAUCACCCAUUGUGGUGAAGUUUGCAGACACUCAGAAGGACAAGGAGCAGAAGCGCAUGGCCCAACAGCUGCAGCAACAGAUGCAGCAACUCAGUGCUGCCUCCAUGUGGGGGAACCUCACUGGGCUCAACAGCCUGGGGCCACAGUACCUAGCAAUCUACUUACAGUUGCUGCAGCAGUCAGCCUCCACAGGGAAUGCACUCAACAACCUGCACCCCGUUUCAGGUCUUAAUGCCAUACAGAACCUGGCUGCUUUAGCAGCAGCAGCAACUGCCACACAGGCCACGCCCACAGGCUCCAGCACCAUGACAACAUCUAGUAGCCCACUAAGUGCACUAACAAGCUCAGGCUCCUCUCCUACCUCCAGCAGCAACUCCUCAGUGAACCCUAUGUCUUCUUUGGGUGCUCUGCAGUCUCUCGCUGCUGGUGCAGGAGCUGGCCUCAACAUGGGCUCCCUGGCAGGCAUGGCGGCACUAAAUGGCAGCCUUGGCUCCGGAGGCCUGUCUAAUGGCUCAGGAAGCACCAUGGAGGCCCUGAGCCAGGCCUACUCAGGCAUCCAGCAGUAUGCUGCUGCUGCUGCCAUCCCUAGUUUGUACAACCAGAGUCUGCUGCCCCAGCAAAGUGUGUCAGCUGCAGGUAGCCAGAAAGAAGGACCAGAAGGCGCCAACCUCUUCAUUUACCACCUGCCCCAGGAGUUUGGAGACCAGGAUUUGCUCCAGAUGUUUAUGCCCUUUGGAAACGUCAUCUCUGCUAAAGUCUUCAUUGACAAACAGACAAACCUCAGCAAGUGCUUUGGCUUUGUGAGCUAUGACAACCCGGUUUCAUCACAGGCAGCCAUCCAGUCAAUGAAUGGUUUCCAGAUCGGUAUGAAGAGGUUGAAGGUGCAGCUGAAGCGGUCAAAGAAUGACAGCAAGCCCUACUGAUGGUGCUGAGGCACUGCAGACUUAGUUAGGCAGGGUGUUGUUAUGGUAAGUGGAGUAUGAAUAGCCAAGACUGGUCCACAGAAACUUGUCUGUGCAUUACAGUGUGGUGUCUGCUGCGCUGCCUCUCCUGGUCGUUGUACCGUGUCCAGGCAAAGACACACAUGAAGCUACAUGCAAGAGAUUUUGGGCUAGACUGGAUUCUUCCUGUGUUCUGUUGUGGUUUAUGCACUUUGUUUUCAUUUUAACAAAUGAGAGAAACAGGUGUAUUUUAAUUUAAGUUGAAAUGUUAUCAGUUUGCUGUGGUAUAUAAUAAAUAUAUGAGUUGUUUGUUAGGAUAUGUUGCACUUUGACAGUCAGGUGCCAAACCCAUGUGUUUUUUUACUUCCUGUUCCCCCUGCACUCCACCACCAGCCAGACUCAGCUUAAAGCUCCCUCACACAGGAGCUGCAUCAGAUUAGAAAACAGAAGUCAUCACUUUUCUUUUACAAACCAAAUGUGUGGUUUCCCUUCUGUAUUAAUCAUCUGUAUGAUCUCUUAACAUGGAAACCGUGUAUGUGAUCUACACCUAAAUUAGUAGUGAGGUACAGAGGCUCAGACUGUUCUUAAGGAGGAGCUCCACUAACACAUGCAGACAUAUGGACGCAUUUGUCCUCAAGCAGUGUGUGUGCGCGUCUUUGGUAUUGACAACAUAUCCUUUAUCAGUGACUGCUGUGACAGUUGGGCUGUAAGCAGCCCGUUCUUGUUCUCUGGUGUUUCAACUGAGUUAAAAUGAUUGAGGUCAGGCUUACAUCCUCCUGUAACCUCCCUGAUAGAAGGAGAGAAGCUUGAUGGCCUCUGUUAACAGUCAAAUAUAUCUGAAGUGUCUGGCAGCUGUUGCAUGGCUUACACUAAUCAAGUAGCCUCAGGUAGUUGAGCACACGUUUGCGUUUCGGUUUUGUUGUGUAUAAUCAUUGGCUGGAAUUGACACAAAUAUUAUACUUCUGUUCCCCAGUGUGUUUUCUUUUAGUUUACAACUUUUCUAAUGCAGCUGAUAUUGCAUGUGUGAGUAUAAUCUAACCCCAGCAUGUUUUGGUGGUGCUCCUUCUGUGCUGCUGCACUCUGAGUGACUCAGAUAAAUAUGAGUCUGUCUAAUGGAGAUUCAAAGCCUCAAUGAAAUACAUUUUCUUGUUAUAGUGUGGUUCUACUUUGAAAUCAGGGGAUUUUUUAAAGAUUCAUCGCACCCCCACCUACUGUCCUGCUAGUUAGCGGCUAGCUAAUCUACAGAGGGCUACUUCACUUUGUCUCUCACUGGAUCUCUUCUUUGAUUGGAGAACUCAUAUAAAUGUCAAAUUACUCAAGACAAACAUGUUAGACGCUUAGACUUCCAUUAAAUCAUGUUUAAGUGCUUGUGUGUGCGUGCGUGCGUGCGUGCGUGUGUGUGUUUUUUUUAAAAUAGAACUAGUUGGCAAGACAAUUGUUGAGAUGUAUAUUUAAACUAUUUUGCCUUUUCUAUUUUUAUAUAGGUUUUAUACUUCCCCUGUGUGUUGGGGAACUAUUUAUUGCCUAAAUUAUUUAUCUGAAUAGAAAUUAUUUUGAAAGACAAAUGUGAAGUCCAACAAACUCCACUUGAUCUCCUGGUGUGUGUCCUUAUUUUGCCUGUUCAGCGUUGUUUCCUUUUUGGUGAUGUUUACUAUGUCUCAGUGUGGCAUGGACUGUGUGUGUAGGAUCCAUCAGUGCUGCUACAGACUUCAUAGAACCCCUUCUCUGUCAUACAUGCCUCCAUCUGAAUAAAUAUUUGCCAAAAAAUAA